AUGGCAGUUCUAAAGUGGUUUGUGCUGGCCUUGUCAGUGCAAACAGCUCGAGCUUCGCGUGCAGCUGUGGAUUACGAAGCUGCAACAGAACGUGACAAGGAUGACUAUCAUGCAGAAACACAGUCCUUUGCUGACGAUUGCCGGGGUCUUGCAGAAUCUGAGUGCAACGGCUGGGAAGGCUGCGUGUGGGAGAAGCGAGCCUGUCGCUCAACUUGCAUGGACCACGGCAGGUCAACAUGCCCGGGUGUAAUAUGCCGUUGGACGGCUGUAGCCAGCAAACAUAUAUGCAUCCCGCGCCAAGAAUCGGAGACCUGUGCGGCCUACUACCCCCUGGGCAAAGAAAAAUGUGUAGAACAUGAUUGCAGUUGGGAUGAUGCAAAUCACACCGGCGGGGCCUACUUAGCGUGCUUGCCUUUCUGUGAUCGCUACACUGCAGCGGAAUGCCCAGAGCCAGAUUGUGAGCAGUCGCUUGGAGCUUGCGUUGCCACUGUGCCCAAGCCCCUACCAGAUGUGCAGGUCACAGAACUCCGUGAUUGCAAGAAAGUGCACGAACCUGAUUGCAACAGCGCAGGCAGCUGUGUUUGGGAGAAAGGAGCUUGUCGCUCAACUUGCAAGAAUCAUAGCUCAUCAAAUUGCCCAGGCGUGGAAUGUCGCUGGGGGCUGAAACGCUGGUAUGUCUUGUUCGACGGUGAAUGCCUACUGCGCAAGCAGUCCGAGGCGUGCUGGCAGUAUCAUUCUGACCGACAAGAAUGUCGAGAGAAGGAUUGCGACUGGGUACAAAACGGCUACCCAGGAAUGUCGUACAGCUACUGCCUCCCAAAGUGCCACCGAUACAGCCAAAAGGCAGAGUGCCCAGAGACGGAAUGUCAGUGGAAAGAAGAGAUUUGUCAUCCCAAGCACUUACCAGAGGACGUUUCAUGUUCAGAUCUCAACGUUAGACAGUGCGGUUAUUUGCUUCCUGGCAAGUGUGACGUGCUCGAGCUUCCGAAGAGCCGCUUCAAACGUUUUUUCGGGAUUAGAGGACACGAGGUCUGCGAAACCCAUUCAAUCAUCAACUACUAUCGCGAGUUCAAGAAGUUUGCUGUUCACAAUGCAACACGCGCAGUUCCAGACCUGCUCCCGAGUUGCAGGCAACAUGAGACUCAGGAAGAUUGUCAAAAUCAAGUUCUUUGCGAGUGGAGGGCCUUUCGUUGGGAUGACCACAAGACGUCUGAGGCUCGUUGCACCGUGAAAUGGGAAGCGGACGUUUUAGUACAGACCCGGGCUGUCAAAGAAGCCAGCAAUCCAACCAGGCGCCUUGCGGGUGCUGCUGGCGCAGCAAUAAGCCUUCCAGUUGCCGCGGUGAUGGGGCUUGCUGGGGCAGCAGGGGUGGCUUUAAUCUAUGGCAUUAUGACUGUCGGAUACACUCUGACCAUGGGUGUAGCGUUUCCGCCUUCUCUCCUGUUUUUGCCCUUUGCAGCUAUUGGUAUGGCUUUGGGGAUCCUGUUUUUUGGAGCGCUUGCUGGGUAUGCAGUCGUCAAAGCCUGUGGCAGGCAGGUGUUCGAGUUGGCCAGCAUGUCUUCCAUGAAGUGGGCACAGGUGAAAGUGGCGUCAGGCAACUUUUGCCAGAAACUCUUCGAAGGAGUCAGUCCACUCCGUGAAUCUUCUGUUCGGACCGUGUCGGACAGGCUGAUAAAGGCAGACAGGCAGUGUGCAGCAAAGCUCUCCAACAAUGGGACAAAGCUGCACUCAGUAUCACGUACACGUGAAAGGCCUGGGUGGAUGGCAGCCCAGGACAGCAUCUGCAAGGACUUGUGCAUCGACCUUGUGGAUACCAUCCAUCACAACAUGGCAAACAUCAUGGUUGCAGGUGGCACGAAGAAUGUGCUCAAGGCCUGUGCCGCCAUGGUGAUCCAGCCCGUCGAGUCUCACAUCUUGAGCUGUUGUGGCGAAGCAUGUGGCUGGAAUAAGCUGACAGGGUUCUGCGAGAACUGGUUUUUUAUGUCUUCUGCAGACAAGUCUUUGUGGCUGGACGAGUGUUGCAGUGAGAUUCAGAUUGUGGAAGGCUCAGAUCGCCAGAUCAUGUGUAACAGCGUGGCCACUUUGGCAGAAAGGAAGGAGUUAACAAAAGAAGACAUCAAAGAGACAGAUCUGGGGCUUCAGUUCAAGCUCGGCCACAGCCCUGAAAAGGAUGACAAAAAAAUUACAGGAUGGCUAAGGAGCUUCGGCUCUAAGAUGAAAAGUGCUUGGAGCACACUGUUUGGUUCAAAGGAAGGGCAGACUGCCUUCUUGCAGAACGUCACACCUUAUCACGUCCCAGAAGAAUCUGUGGCUUCAGGUCUCGAGCUAAAGGAGGAACAGAGCAACGACGGCCGCAUCCCAGGCUUCGAUGCCUUUGAUGAUGGUGAUGAUGAUGACGAGGACGGCUCAUCAUGUGCACAGCGCUUGGAGUGCGGAGCGUUGACUGCGGCAGUCCAAAAUGCCUGCAAAGUGAAAGACUCCUGGAGCCGGAUGCAGCCUGCAACAAAUCCUUUAUGCGAGCGUGAGUCUAAGGAAGUGUCGGACGCAGACCACUGCUUCGAGUUCGGGAAGUCUGUGAAGGAUGCCGUGGUGCUGACCUUCGCGAUCGAGCAAUUCUCAGAGGGCUCGGGGUACAGUCUCACAUGCUACGCCCACACAGAGACCAACUUUGAGCCGUGUCAUAGCUAUCUGCCAACACCGACAGCCAUCACCCACCACAUGAUGAGAGAUCCAGUUGCCACGGACCUCAGGAGCUAUUAUUUUCUGCGCGACUUGACCAACAGACCUAAGUGA